AAUCCUUUUUUUUGGCAUACAUUUAUUUCUGUCCUUUUAGAUUUUUAGAAAUAUAGUAGUACUAAUUAUAUCAAUUUUUUUGUGUGUGAUUUCAUGUAUCUUUAUGAUAAUGGAAGACAUGUAUAAAGCACUGAUGCAAAGCUUUUAGCCAGCUGCUAAGGAAAUGAUACAGGCAGAAUGAAUACUUUGGACAUUCCAAGGAUAAACAUGUUGCUGGAAUCAUUAAAAGGCUAUCACAGAGACUUUGGGCCUUUUAUUGAUAAGACGUAGAAAGAUAAAUACAAUUCAAGUGGGAGAAAACAGUAAACUAGAAGGCUUGAAUAGAGCCCAGAUAGGUAGUGGACUGUGUAUGCUUAGUGAACAGGCCAGAAUCCUGUUUUGAUUUGAAUGAAGGAUUUCAGUGUAAAAGUGAGAGAGUGAUUGAAGAGUUAGGGUGAGACUGACUUUAAGACUCUGAGGCUAGAGUAAGAAAUCUGGAUGAGUUUAAUAUAGUUAUUUAGGAGCCAGAAAAGAUGUCGAUGAAUGGGAAGUGUUAUGAAAACAGUAUUUUUGGAAGAUUGGUUAUAAGAGACUAUCAUAGUUAUUUUUUUGAAGUGAGAAGGUACAGUAAUAUCCUAGAGAAAGUGGGGGAAAUAGGGCACAGGGUUGAGAUAUCUAAAGGCUGAAUCAUCAAGACUGUUGUGUUUGGGAAAGCGGAAAAGGAGAAAUUGAAACAGACUUUGGUUCCACAAGUGUCAUAACAAAAAUAAAGAUGUUUUAGCUUUAUGUAUUUUACAGCUUUAAAACUGUAAAAUAGCUAAUGUUGCCCUUUACAGAUGAGGAAUUUGAGAUGCAGUAUUCACCAGAAAAAUCAUGAUCACCUUAUAUUAAGCUGACAAUUGAGCCCUUGUCUUUUUCUUCCUACUGUGUUGUCAUUGGAGUCUACUCACUUACCCAAGCCGGUGCCUCAGGUUUUCUUGACUCUCGCUAUAGCUUUGCACAAGCAGUCAAUCACUAAGUUGUAUUAUUUGUUUCCUAAAUAUUUCUCAGAUCUGCCUAAUUCUGUCUGUACUACCUCUACCUAUGUUCACGUUACUCCCAUCUUUCUGGGUUGAUAUUUUCUGGAAUUUACAUCUUAUCUCUGCCUUGCAUCCACCUCCCAAAACAAGCAAGGAAAUAAAAGCAAUCUGUUUUCCUACAAUUCACUUGCUUUCUAAAGUGCAGAGAAAGCACUCUCUUGUCUAAAUUUUUAAAUGUAAAUUUCUUAGCCUGGACUUACAAAGCUCUUUAUGAUGAUGUCCUUUUUCCAUGCCUCCAGUUCCAUGAUCACUUCUUUUUCAGUCUUUUGCAUCUGCUGUUACUCCUGUAAGUAAGGUCCUUUCUCCCCUUUUCUCUGCCUCACCCUCAAUCCCAAGUUCAGGUUUGAACUUAGAAUAAUAGUCUACUUGUCUGUAACCACCCGUCCUAUGCUUCUUUCCACCACCACCACCCCACCUCCAACCCACGAUCCACUGUCUAACGCCCUAAAAAGACUCACAUGAGUAGGCCCACUAAGGAUAUUUUUUCUUGUUUAGUAAUAGUGGUCCCACAGAAAUUUAUUGAAUGGGUCAGUGUUUUUAUACUGCAGAGUUGUUUCAAGUUAAAAUUAGCUUAGUGGAGAGUGAAGAGUCUAAAAGAAUGACUGAAAAUUAGUCCAUCAUUUCCCACCCUGUUCUUAAGAGCACUUGUAUCCUAAGAUAAGCUAGUGUUGUAUGUAUGUUUCACACAAAAUUCCAUGGAUAUUAGGUGGAUGUUGAAGAUUAUAUCCUUGGAUAUUCACGUGCACACAAGAUCCAUCAAUAAAGUUGUCAAGAAGUCCUGCACUUAAAACAAAAAAAAGACCUUUGUUUUGAUCCAGUAUUUUUCUUUUCUUUCCUCUUUUUUUUAAAUUUUUUAAGUUUAUUUAUUUAUUUUGAGAGAGGGAGAGAGGGAGGGAGGUAAUCCAAAGCAGGCUCCACGUUGUCAGCGCAGAGCCCAACGCAGGGCUUGAAUCCACGAACCAUGAGAUCAUGACCUGAGCCAAAACCGAGAGUUGGACACUUAACCGACUGAGCCACCUAGGCACCCCAAUCCAGUAUUUUUCUAAUGUAUUUGAUUAUGGAAACAUUUUAGAGAGUAUACCUCCUGUUUCUUAGUGGUAUUUGGAAAAUGCCAAAUUUGAUGGCUGUGUAUGUGUGUCCUUUUAUUUCCCUUCCGUCUAACAGAUAUAAUUAAACAACAUAAUCACGUCAUACCCAAGGGAUAUAUGGAGGAACUCUGGCUGUUUACAGUUAGAAGAGAAAACCUGAGGGAAGUACCAAAAGAAUUGGUGGAGCUCCAUUUGAAGUUGAUGAGGAAGAUUGGCAAAUCUGUUACGGCAGACAGAUGGGAAAAAUAUUUGAUCAAGAUAUGUCAAGAGUUUAAUAGCACCUGGGCAUGGGAGAUGGAGAAGAAGGGCUAUCUUGAAAUGAGUGUUGAAUGCAAACUAGCGCUCUUAAAGUACCUCUGCGAGUGUCAAUUUGAUGACAAUCUCAAAUUCAAAAACAUUAUCAAUGAGGAAGAUGCUGAUACCAUGCGUCUCCAGCCAAUUGGCCGAGACAAAGAUGGCCUUAUGUACUGGUACCAGUUGGAUCAAGAUCACAAUGUCAGAAUGUACAUAGAAGAACAAGACGAUCAAGAUGGCUCUUCAUGGAAAUGCAUUGUCAGAAAUCGAAACGAGUUGGCUGAGACUCUUGCCCUCCUGAAAGCACAGAUUGAUCCUGUGCUACUGAAAAACUCUAGCCAACAGGACAACUCUUCCCGGGAAAGUCCCAGCUUAGAGGAUGAGGAGACUAAAAAGGAGGAAGAAGCACCUAAACAAGAGGACCAGAAGGAAAAUGAAAAGAUGAAAAGUGAAGAGCAGCCAAUAAAUUCAGAAACCUGCUCUACACCCAGUGCUCUGGAAGAGGCUACUGUGAAAGUAGAAAAGGAGGAUGAAAAGGAACUUGUGAAACUGCCCGUCAUAGUCAAGCUAGAAAAACCUUUGCCAGAAAGUGAGGAUAAAAGGAUUAUUAAAGAAGAAAGCGAUUCCUUCAAGGAAAAUGUCAAACCCACUAAAGUUGAAGUUAAGGAAUUUAGAGCAGAUCCGAAAGAUAUCAAAAGUAGCACGGAGAAGCUAGAGCCAGAGAGGCUAGAGUUCGGUGGCAGUGUCAGGUCUUCUCAAGAGAUCACUGAGAAGUCGACUGAAGAAACCGAGAAACUUAAAAAUGACCAGCAGGCCAAGAUACCACUAAAAAAACGAGAAAUUAAACUGAGUGAUGAUUUUGACAGUCCAAUCAAAGGACCUUUGUGUAAAUCCGUUACUCCAACAAAAGAGUUUUUGAAAGAUGAAAUAAAACAAGAGGAAGAGACUUGUAAAAGGAUCUCCACAAUCACUAUUUUGGGUCAUGAAGGGAAACAACUGGUAAAUGGAGAAGUUAGUGAUGAAAAGGUAACUCCAAAUUUUAAAACAGAACAAAUGGAGACAAAGUUUUAUGAUACAAAGGAAGAUAGCUGUAGCCCCUCUAAAGACAGGAGCGUCAUCAUGGAGGGAAAUGGAGCAGAGUCCUUAAAUUCUGUCAUAACGAAUAUGAAAAUAGGUGAUCUUGAGAAGGAAGUGGUCCCUGUAGGGAAAGAUGCAGAUAAUUCAGUAUCAGUCUUAGAGACCCAGAAUCAAAAAGGACAGCUAGAGGAAACCGGUCCUCCAGAAAUGGAAAUCUCUCUUGAGACUUCUGAGAUGGCAAAGGAUCUCUCUUUGAAAACUGCUUUAUCUGCCACUGAAUCUUGUACCCUGAAGGUUGACGAGAAGUCUCCCAAAAGUAAAAAGGAUAAGCGCCCACCAGUCCUAGAAUGUCUUGAAAAGUUAGAGAAGUCCAAAAAAACUUUUCUUGAUAAGGACACACAAAGAUUGAGUCCAAUACCAGAGGAGGUUCCGAAGUAUACUCUAGAAUCAGUAAAGUCAGUCUCUCCUGAGGCAGCGGAAACUUCUGCACCGUCUAACAUGACUGACCACUGUGAGAAGUUAGCCUCAGAAAAAGAAGUGGUAGAAUGUCAGAGUACAAGUUCCAUUGAAGGUCAUUCCCUGGAAAAAACAGACCCAGAAAUUCUAAAAAAGGAUUCUGAAUCCACAAAGGUAGAAAUGGAUAAUCUGGACAAUGCCCAGACCUCUGGCACAGAGGAUCCUUCUGAGACAAAGGGUUCUAUGCAAAAAAGCAAAUUUAAAUAUAAGUUGAUUCCUGAGGAAGAAACCACUGCCUCAGAAAACACAGAGAUAACCUCUGAAAGGCAGAAAGAGGGCAUCAAAUUAACAAUUAGGAUAUCCAGUCGGAAGAAGAAGCCAGAUUCUCCUCCCCAAAUUCUAGAACCAGAAACCAAGCAAGAGAAGACAGAAAAGGAAGAAGAGAAAACAAACGUAGGUCGUACCUUGAGGCGGUCUCCAAGAAUAUCUAGACCCACAGCAAAAGUGGCUGAGAUCAGAGAUCAGAAAGCUGAUAAAAAAAGAGGGGAAGGAGAAGAUGAAGUGGAAGAAGAGUCAGCAGCUUCGCAGAAAGCAGACAAAAAAGAAAAUUUGAAAAAAACAGAGAAGGAUACAAAUUCUAAAGUAAGCAAGGUAAAACCCAAAGGCAAAGUUCGAUGGACUGGUUCUCGAACACGUGGCAGGUGGAAAUAUUCUAGCAAUGAUGAAAGUGAAGGGUCGGACAGUGAAAAAUCAUCUGCAGCUUCAGAAGAAGAGGAAGAAAAAGAAAGCGAAGAAGCCAUCCUAGCAGAUGAUGAUGAACCGUGCAAAAAAUGUGGCCUUCCAAACCAUCCUGAACUAAUUCUUCUGUGUGACUCUUGUGACAGUGGAUACCACACUGCCUGCCUUCGCCCUCCUCUGAUGAUCAUCCCAGAUGGAGAAUGGUUCUGCCCGCCUUGCCAACAUAAACUACUGUGUGAGAAAUUAGAAGAACAGUUGCAGGAUUUGGAUGUGGCCUUAAAGAAGAAGGAGCGUGCUGAACGCAGGAAAGAACGUUUGGUGUAUGUGGGUAUCAGUAUUGAGAACAUCAUUCCUCCACAAGAGCCAGAUUUUUCUGAAGAUCAUGAAGAAAAGAAAAAAGAUUCAAAAAAAUCCAAAGCAAACUUGCUUGAAAGGCGGUCAACAAGAACACGGAAAUGUAUAAGUUAUAGAUUUGAUGAAUUUGAUGAAGCAAUUGAUGAAGCCAUAGAAGAUGAUAUCAAAGAAGCUGAUGGAGGAGGAGCCGGCCGAGGAAAGGAUAUCUCCACCAUCACAGGUCACCGUGGGAAAGACAUCUCCACUAUUUUGGAUGAAGAAAGAAAAGAAAAUAAACGACCCCAGAGGGCAGCUGCUGCACGCCGGAAGAAACGCCGGCGACUAAAUGACCUGGACAGUGACAGUAACCUGGAUGAAGAAGAGAGUGAGGAUGAAUUCAAGAUCAGUGAUGGAUCUCAAGAUGAGUUUGUUGUAUCUGAUGAAAACCCAGAUGAGAGUGAAGAAGACCCACCGUCUAAUGAUGACAGCGACACUGAUUUCUGUAGCCGAAGACUGAGGCGACAUCCUUCCCGGCCAAUGAGGCAAAGCAGGCGUUUGCGGAGAAAGACCCCAAAGAAAAAGUACUCUGAUGAUGAUGAAGAGGAGGAGUCUGAAGAGAAUAGUAGAGACUCUGAAAGUGAUUUUAGCGAUGAUUUUAGUGAUGAUUUUGUAGAAACUCGGCGAAGGCGGUCAAGGAGGAAUCAGAAAAGACAAAUUAACUACAAAGAAGAUUCCGAAAGUGAUGGUUCCCAGAAGAGUUUACGACGUGGUAAAGAAAUCAGACGAGUUCACAAGCGCAGGCUUUCCAGCUCAGAGAGUGAAGAGAGCUAUAUGUCCAAGAACUCUGAAGAUGAUGAGCUAGCUAAAGAAUCAAAGCGGUCAGUUCGAAAGCGGGGUCGAAGCACAGAUGAAUAUUCAGAAGCAGAUGAGGAAGAAGGCAAACCAUCCCGAAAACGGCUACACCGGAUCGAGACAGAUGAGGAGGAGAGUUGUGACAACGCUCAUGGAGGUGCAGAUCAGCCUGCCCCUGACAACCAGCCCAGGGUCCUGCCCUCAGAACAAGAGAGCACCAAGAAGCCCUACCGGAUAGACAGUGAUGAGGAAGAGGACUUUGAAAAUGUAGGCAAAGUGGGGAGCCCUUUGGACUAUAGCUUAGUGGACUUGCCUUCCACCAAUGGACAGAGUCCUGGCAAAGCCAUUGAGAACUUGAUUGGCAAGCCAACUGAGAAGCCUCAGACCCCCAAGGACAACAGCACAGCCAGUGCAAGCCUGGCCCCCAAUGGGACAAGUGGUGGGCAGGAGGCAGGGGCACCAGAAGAGGAGGAAGAUGAGCUUUUAAGAGUGACUGACCUUGUUGAUUAUGUCUGUAAUAGUGAACAGUUAUAAGACUUCUUUUCCAUUUUUGUGCUAAUUUAUUCCACGGUAGCUCUCACACCAGCGGGCCAGUUAUUAAAAGCUGUUUUAUUUUUCCUAGAAAACUCCACUACAGAAUGACUUUUUAGAAGAAAAAUUUCAACAAACCCUGAAGUCUUUCUGUGAAGUGACCAGUUUUGAACUUUGAAGAUAAAUAAUUGCUGUAAAUUCCUUUUGAUUUUCUUUUUCCAAGUUCAUGGUCCUUGGUAAUUUCAUUCAUGGAAAAAAUCUUAUUAUAAUAACAACAAAGAUUUGUAUAUUUUUGACUUUAUAUUUCCUGAGCUCUCCUGACUUUGUGAAAAAGGGUGGAUAAGAAUGCAUUCCGAAUCUGUGAGGGCCCAAAACAGAAUUAGGGGUGGGAGAAGGCACUUGUGCUUUAGCUUUUUCAUAUUAAAUAUAUAUUAUAUUUAAACAUUCAUGGCAUAGAUGAUGAUUAACAGACUGUUUAAAAGUUCAAGUCUGUGUUGUUGCAGUUUGAGAACUGUAGAUAACAUCAUACAUACAUCAUUUAGUAACAGCAUCCAUGAUAUCAGCUUGUUUACUAUCAGAGAUAACCACACUUAAUAAAGAAGAGAUGGAGAAAGUACCAUCAUUAAAAACUCUAACCUGAGUUUCUGUUAUAGCGGAGUUCCUUGUUUAAAAAAAAAAAAUCAUCUGAAAAACAUUUGUACAGUAAAAUGUAUAAUGAAGCUUUGACAACCAGAUUGUGCUAGCAGCAAAUUUUUUUUAAACAGCUUUAUGCAGUGGUGAUGAGGUGGCCUCUAAUCUAAUAUACUAUCAAUGAAGAGUUAUUCGUGAUAUAAAUGUGGUCUUUCUUUAGGCCCAGGUGGACUGUAAACUUUGCAGAUAGUGUAACUCUGGUCUUCUGGCCACUUAAUAUUUAAAUAUCUGAAAUAGCCCAUUUUGAAAGAAAUACAUCUAUACAUAACAUACAUGAAGAGAUGCUAAGCUGACAGCGGUAUUUUAGCACAUUUGAAAUGGGGAAAGGAUUUUCAGGUGAAUUUUAACUGGUCUAUUCUUGCCCUUAGUAUCUACUUCAAAUUGAAGUCUACAAACAAAGCAGUUCCUUUGGGAGGUUUUUAGUUUGAGUUUUAGCAUGUAUGUGUGUGUAUAUGUGUGUGUGUAUGUGUGUGCAUUGGAAUUUCCUAUCUGCCUGGAUAUAUUAGCAGGGUUUGAAUGUAGUUUUGGCCUUUGGCCAUUAGACUUCUAUUAAAAUUCAUUAAUAGUCACAUGACCAACAGAGUUGCUUGAGAACCGCCAAUAUACUUAAUAGGCAUGACAUCCAUUUCAAACAUCUCAAUGCUUUAAUGAAAGAUGAGCCCUUUGUUUCAAGAAAAAAGGGGUUUAUAACUAAAUAUCUAACAUGUAAUUGACACUAAAAUAUGAACUUUGUCUUAUUACUGUUACAGCUGUAAAAUUUCAGGCAGAGCCAUAAAUAACAUUGUAUAAAGUGUAGCACUUGUGAUUAAACCUUGCCUGUCAAAUUCUGAAACCUUCAGCCAUUACUUCUGUGAAUACUUUUGCCCCGGGAUUUGGGUUUUUCUGUUCCAGUGUUGUGUCUGUUGCCGGCAACAGACACACAUAUCUGCUGCUGGCCCAAGGAACUUUGUUAAUUUUUCUUUCCAAAUUAAGCAUCAUAUGUGCUAGUCAGUGUAUAGUAAAGCACUUCUCUUUUUAUUAUUAAAAAGCUGGCAUUAGACUUGCAUUAUAAAUACCUCUCUAGAAACUUUAUACUCCUUUUCCUUCCUCAACAGGUGUUGCCCUGAAGUCUUAUCUUUUGGCCUUGAAAGUUUAUAGCUGUUGUUUUUCAUUUGUUGGUUCUUUUGUUUGUUUUGUUUUGUUUCACUUUAGUUCUGUAGUACCUGCCCAUUAAUAUUUUUGCUUUGAUUCUAGCAAUGUAUAUGUAUCUGUAUAAAAAAUAAAAUAAUGAAAGCAGCCUAAAAAUAGGAUGCACCAAUAGCAUGUGGUUCCAAGCAAGUUGUGAUUUUUAUUUUGAGACAAUGUUCCACUGGAAGGGAGGGAAGGGCUUAACAUUUACAGACGGUAGAGCAGGGUUAUGUAAGGAACCAUACUCACUUACCAGGCCUCGUUUCUAGCCAGGUUUGUUCAUUUAUUUGAAAGUCAGUUAAGAAUGUUAGCCUUUUUAACUGUCUAACAGGCAGGCAAUACAAGAAUUCCUACUAGUGCAAGGUAAGUGGUUAGAAUGUGCAGGUGGCCUCUCCUGCCAUUCUUCCUCUACCAUUUUAGUCCUGCAGCUGGGUAAAGCCACUACCGUGUAGAAAUUCCCAUGUACCCUGUCUCUACCUCUGGACACACCAGCUCCUGCUUCCACCACUCUAUAGUUAAGCAAGCGAUAAGAAGUGUUCGAUGGGUAGAUUAUUUAUUUUACAGGAUGCCUAAUGUGAAAUAAGGAGUUAUUUUUACCCUUCUCCUGCAGAGUAAAAGGUCAUUGUUAGAGCAAAGACUGAGUAUUCAAUUUAGCAUAGUUCCACUGACAUGGGUUAUGAUACCACUUUUGCUGCCUAUUAAUUUACUGAACUUGAAUUAAAUGUUUGUGAACUUGAUAGUGAAUGUCUGCCUGCUAACCUUACAUUCUGAUUAAGCCAAUUGACUGUUUCAUCUACAAAGGCUGCAGAAGCCUCUGAUACUUAUAAGUUAUUAUGCAGACAGAUUAAUUGUGGGCGGUUAAAUGUUGAACAGUUCAAAAACAGUUCUGCUGCUUGGUGACUAGAUUUAGUCCCUCAUGGAGUCUUGUGUUCACUGAAAUGUUACCUGAACAUGCUUUGAAGAAGUUAAAAAAAAAUGUUAGGAAAAAGUCAUUGUUCUGUAUCCAAAGAUAUAAUUCAGUCAUUAGGAACUGGACAGAGUAUAAGCAAGCGGCUCAUUUGAGUUUAGAACAUCCUGGAUCCUUAGAGUACUAACCACGGAUUUAGAUUCAUCAUAGCUGCUAUAUAAUAGAGCCCUUUAAUACUUUCAUCUUUUUUAAAUACAGAUGGACUCCCAGUGUCAAACUCCACAAUCUAUAGCGCGUGUAUUAAGGGGAGAUGCUGUUUAGUACUCAGGAUAUUUCGUUUGCAAUUUCCGUAAAGGUUUGAAAACUAGCCAAACUUUCACAAAGCAGAAGCUUUCAAGUAAAAUAUAUGAAAGGAAAUCAGACUGAAAAUACACAUUUUGGUUUUGUAGACUUGUGUUGACAAAAUAGUGUUUAGUGUAAAACAUUCUCCGUUGUUGGCACAUUAUUAGAGAAUGAUGGCAGAGAGAUUUUCAAGAGUAUACCUGAUAAUACUGAGGUUGGGUUUCCUUGACACAUCUCUUUCCAGCUGGUCAAGGUUGCAGAUGCAGAGAAGAAAAAGGAGUUGCAUUUAGAAUAAAUUCAUGUCUACUGAUAGUCUUUUUUUUUUUUUUUUAAUAUGACCUGCCAAAGAACCAAGGACUUCGAAUGCUAAAGACGUUGUUGAAAAAAACAAUUUUUAAACCAGUUAAUUUUAAAAGGAUAUUAUAAGCUCCAGUUUUCACUUUUGGGUUGAUAGGACCCAUCCCUAUUAUAAUAUGCAUUUGAACAAAGUAUACGUAUUAAAAAUAUAUAUAGGCGUGUACUUAUUUAGAGGUAAAAUGGUGGGGAAAUGUUACCAAUUUUUAAAUGGGAUUGAUGGAAUUUACUUUGUCAUAAAGAAUGCCUUUUUAGCUUAUGUUUGUGGGGUUAAGAGUUGUUAACCAUUAGCUAGUUCUACCAUAUGACUGAAAGGAACACAGUGAAUCUGUAAGUCUAAUAUUUAGAAAAAGUGAGCUGUACCCUUCAACAACACAGUGGAACAGGUCCAUGAUUGCCUCACAGCUAUAGAACACGUAUUCAAAGACCCAGAUCUUUUUUUUAAUAGAAUAUACAUACAUGUAUGUAUAUAUAUAUAUAUAUAAGUUAAUAUGUAUAUACAUACUUUAGAUGUUAGCAGAAAUGAAAAGUGAGUUUCAAAUCAUUAAUUGACAUUGUAAAAAGACAUAAGACAAAUAAUUUUAACUGAUGUGGAAUUAUGAACAUUUAAUUGCAGAAAAAGUCUAGAGAAACAUAGCGAAGUUUCUCUUCUUGGUUUGACAUUCUAAAAAAAUAUUCCUGGUUCUCUAAGAAGUAAGAAUGCCAAGACUGCAUAUCUGCUGUAAUCUAUCUAGUCCUCUGCUUAAUAUUGUUCUUAAACUUUGUUAGAAUAAAAUCCAUUCCUAUUUUAUCCACCAUUCCCAGUGUGUACCUGUAAACCUACUUUGGAAGUGGCAAUUCAUCUGCUGAUUUUCUUAUUUUUAUACCAAUCCUGAAAGACAAGGCCCUUUGCUAUCAAUGUAUUUAAGCUAGGUUAUUAUAUGUACACUUAAUAGUCUGUUUUUGAAAUAUUUCACUUCAACUUAAAUGAUAAUUUAACAUUUUUUGAGUGCCAAGAAUUGCUAAGUAACUAUGUAACAUAUACUGAGGAGUCAUUCCCCAGCAAGCAAGCAGUCUUCAUAAGCCAAACUGUAGUGUGCUUGGUAUAUAACCACUUUAGAUUGUAAACUCAAUGCUUCUUUUUUUACUCAGAUAAACCCUCUCAGAAAUCGGUUAGAAUAGGAUUACAUGAAUGGAUUUUGUCCUUCAUUCUGGUCAUGUAAGCUCAAUUUUUUUUUUUUUCAUUUUAUAUUUACACCAUUUCUUUCUGGAAAAUGCUGCAAACCCCAAUUCUGGCACAUUGUCAUUUCAGUUAAGGAAAAUGUUAUUUUAAUUUUAAUAACUUUUAAGAUAUAACUAUCCUAUGCAUAAGUUAUACGAGAGGGCAUAACAAAUUAUUAGAUGAGUAGAAAUUUAUUAAUUAAGCUCCUUAGACAUUUUGAAUGAGAAAAAAACAUUUAAAGGAACUACAUUUGUGUUUUUUGCCAAACCGGUACAAGCUAGUAAAUGCACUAAGGACCGAGUGACCUGCCUUGUUCAUUUUGCCACUGGAUGAUGUAAGUUAAGAAUGGAAUUGUUAACCCUAAUUAUAUAUUUUCUUGACUUUCAUCGCUUUCUAAAGAAACCUAAUUUAAGUGUUUGGGGUUUUGUUUGACCUGUAUUUAUUGAGUUCUGGUCAUAGACCCGGAGCUGCCUGUCAUGCUUAUGGAUGGCCAGAACAGUCAUUGGGAUACUUAAUGGCUCAAGGCCUUCUGAAUCAUUUAACUUAUUUUGUAUGUUGCAAAAAAAAAAAAAAGUUUAUUUUGCUUGAGAGUCACAUUUUUUAUAUAACUGUACAGCUUUUAAGGGAUGGGAGGUGGAAAAAUACCCUAAAAUAGGAUGUAGAUUUUUACAAUUGUGUUUAUGCUAGAACAUCUACAGGUGCAUUAUGUAAUUAAACCUAAAAUUGUUUAAAAAUUUGUGCCAUGGUCUUUUUCAUUUUCCUGCCCUUUAGCAGAGUUGGUGCAUGUCAAUACUGCUAUGUGGACAAGCCUUGAAAUUAGGCUAAUAACCCUUGUCUCCAAAGCUUUAAGAACACUGCAUGAAAAUUAUACACAAACACAUAUACACAUACACAUAUACACACACACAAGUAGACAUGCACACACAGAUCUAGUUUAGUGUAAAUGAAUUUUCAAUUUCAGAACAGCUAUCAUAGCCUCAAUUUGGCAGUUAACAGCAUAUUAUAGUGCGUGGUUUUCGUGAUGCCUAACUAGGGUAUUCUCAAUGUUGGUCUGGUGUUUUGUUCUCUUAGCAAAGUAGCUUCUUGAUAAUGGUAUCUGAAUUGUAGCUUGCCCAAACCCGUCAGGAGGUUCUGUGUACACCUUCAAAGGGACUGUCCCGUGCUGGGAUGGGUGGAGUGGGUUGGGGCAAAGCUCGGUUUCUUUUCAAUCUGUAAAAGAAGGAAAACCUAGAAUUGUUUGAUUUGGUGGUUAUUCAGUAGACUUAAUUCCACAGGAGUAUUUGUCUGCUGGAAGGGAUAUCAGAUUAAAUUCCAAUUCUCUCCACAUUUGAUGAAACAUACUUUUGAAAUCUUGUAGAGUUGCUGAUUCUAGCAUUCUUUUACAUGGCACAUUUUACCACAACUUUCAUUAAGACACCAGUACUUUUUGCUAUCUGAUAAUUUUACCAUUCUAAUAACUCACCUUUAUAGCACAAAUGUAUUCUCAUAAAGAAUUAAAUUCGUCUAGGUGUGUCAUAAUUUCUAUCUAAACUACCUUUAUCGUCAGCUAACAUGGGGUUGUCGGUUUCUUUGCCAUCAUCAUCCAUUCAGAGGUGAUGCCUGGAAAUCAUGAAUUUCUAGGUGAAGAAUACAAAUUCCUGAUAAGAAUUUGUAAAUGGUAUAUGUUAAAUUUUCAUUUUGGUUUUAAAGUAAUAGUAGCUGGGAUUCGGGGAGCGUUUGAUCAAAAUGCCUCUUGGAUUUUCAGACAUGCUUAUAUGAAAUGCUUUAUUUUCCUAUGCAUAAAAAAAUUAUUCCUGGAAUAGGUUCUCAGAAUGCUUUAUUUUGUUUCUAGGAGAUGAGAGCUAAAGCAGAAGCUCCGAGAUUAGCAUAAUACUGUUGAGAGGUAAUCAGGAACGUGCUGUUUUAGUCAAAUAGGGGAAACUGACGUGCUCUCUGCCACAUAUAAUGUACUGCAUGUGUGUGUGGGUGGGGGGGAGAUUUGAAAACUGGAAAUGUGAUUCCAAUAAUGCACAAAGUAAAUUUUGUGCAUAGAAAAUAUAGGAAUUCCUGGUAGCUUAAAGCUUCAGGGGUUAACUGCAGUGUAUGAACACCUAGUGUGUUAGAAUUGCAGUGCAUAGUUGUUUAAAUAUAAUAUUCCUUGUAAGUGACAACCAAAAUAUGUUGUGGCUGGUGCCAAUUAUUUUUUGUUAAUGAAAUGUUCAAUGUCUCACUACAGUCUGAUCAGAACUCUUGGUGUUAUAAGCCAGGCCUAAAGCUAUUUUAUAGCUCUUGGCCUAAUUGUGUAACUUUUUCUUUCAAAAUGUUUUAUUAUAAUACUUCUGUCAUUUCUUUCACUUAAUAUAUGUCAAUUGUCAUAAUAAAAAAUUUAAAUAAUUUGA